AUGAUGAACCCACUGGCAAGAAGUGUAGAGGAAUUGUUGCCUGCUAGCAUCUCAAACACUAAUUGGUGUUUCCUUCUUCUAAGAACAGCACUGGUUAUAUCUACUGUCUGUGCUGCUUUUGUGAUUCCAUUUUUUGGGCUAGUGAUGGCUUUAAUCGGUUCUCUCCUCAGUGUUCUUGUGGCAGUGAUAUUGCCAGCUUUAUGUUUUCUAAGAAUUGUGGGGAAAAAGGCAACCAAUACACAGGUUGCUCUCAGUAUUGUAAUUACUGCAUGGGGGAUAGUUUGCGCUGGUUUUGGAUCAUAUUCAUCUCUGUUAAAGAUUUUGCAGCAGCUCUGA